AUGAAAGUCCAUUAUAUUAAUAUAUUAUUGUUUGCUCUUCCAUUAAAUAUAUUGAUAUAUAAUCAAAGGAACCAUAAAAGCACCACACAUCAUACAUUAAAAAUACCAAUCACUAGAUUAUUAUGCGAAUGUGAAUUAUAUACACCUGCCAACUAUGAUAAUGACCCACAAAUGAAAGAAGUUAUGGAUAAUUUCAAUCGUCAAACACAACAGAGAUUUCAUGAAUAUGACGAACGUAUGGUCGAAAAACGAAUGCAAUGUAAAGAUAAAUGCGAUAAAGAAAUACAGAAAAUUAUAUUAAAAGAUAAAUUAGAAAAACAAAUGGAACAACAAUUAACCACAUUAGAAACAAAGAUAGAUACCAAUGAUAUACCCACAUGUGUUUGCGAAAAGUCAAUGACAGAUAAAGUUGAAAAAGGAUGUUUGCGAUGUGGAAGAAAUUUGGGAGUUGCUGUUCCAGGAUUGGGAGUUUUAGGAGCUUAUGGUGCUCAUAGUAUUGUAAAAGUUGCUAUGGCAACUGCUGAGAAAGUGGGUAUUCAGUUAGGUAUUGAUGCCGGUAAUGCUGCUGGUAUUAAAGCAGUUAUUGAAGCAUUAAAUUCAUCAUUGAAUAUAGACAAUUUAGGUGGGAUUACACUAGAUACAGUUCUUAAAGGAAACAAUUUUAAAAACAUUGACUUUCUUGUAUAUAUACUUACGGAUAAAUAUAAUACAACAUGUACAGUUUCCAAUACAGAAGUAGAAACACUUCUCUGUUAUAUUGGAAAAGAAAAACCUACUCUACCAUAUACAUUAAUACAAUCAAACGUACGAAAGGCUGUCGCAGAAGCUACGGAAGUCGCUACUUCAACAACUGAAGAAAUGACUACUAUAUAUACAACUCAGGAACUGAGUAAGGUAACAAGUACUGGUGCUAUUUUAUCUAAUCCUAUAAUAAUUUCCUUUAUUGUAAUAGUAAUAGUUGUUAUUAUAUUUUUAAUUAUUUAUUUAAUAUUACGUUAUCGAAGAAAAAAAAAAACGAAGAAAAAACUCCAAUAUAUAAAAUUAUUAAAAGAAUAG